GAUGAUUCCAUAUUCAUGAAACAAAACCUCAGCUUUUUUGUUAUAAGUCUGGAGGACCAGCUGGCUAAAAGGCUGAAGUUGACGUUUGAUUCCUCCUUCUCUCCGAACACUGGCAAGAAGAGCGGAAAGAUCAAGAGCAGCUUCCAGCAUGAGCACAUCAACCUGGGCUGUGACGUGGACUACGACAUCAAUGGCACCGCGGUGCAUGGAGCCGUGGUCGUGGGCUUCGAGGGCUGGCUGGCCGGAUACCAGACCACUUUCGAGGCUGGGAGGAACCGGGUCACUCAGAGCAACUUCGCUGUGGGCUACAAGUCUGACGAAUUCCAGCUCCACACAAACGUGAAUGAUGGAACAGAAUUUGGUGGCUCCAUUUACCAAAAAGUGAACGAUAAGCUGGAGACGGCGGUCAAUGUAGCAUGGACCGCUGGUAACAGCAACACCCACUUUGGCAUCGGGGCCAAGUAUCAGAUCGAUGCUGAUGCUUCCUUCUCGGUCAAAGUGAACAAUUCUAGCCUCGUCGGCCUGGGAUAUACCCAGACCUUGAAGCCUGGUAUUAAGCUGACCCUCUCUUCUCUUCUGGAUGGGAGGAACAUUAACACAGGUGGCCACAAACUGGGGUUGGGUCUGGAGUUCGAGGCAUAGGAAGCUGAGGAUUGCAAUAAUCCUGGCUUAAAUUUUCUUUUUUUUCUCACACACCUUGUUUCUCUUAGAUGCACUGACCAAGGAAGAGCACUAUUGUAUACUCGGGUCAAAUAAUGCAUUAGUGAUGCUCACUACUUUAGAGAGAGCAACAGUUGUGCAUUUAUUAGAUCACAGAGAAUGAAAGAAGAGCAUUUGAAAAGUUAUAAAUGGCUUGAUUUAUAAUGCACAUGGCUUCAUUUUCACCUAACUCAAUAUUAUUUAUUACAGUGUUGAUCAUGGCAGAAUAUUUCAUUUUUGGGAAGGCGUUGGGUAGAAACGGAGACCUUUACAUCAGACAACACUAAUAUUAGGCCACAACAUUCCUGAUCUGUGGUUUUCACCCCACCAAAGCUUGAAGCAAAGGACCCGUAUGUAUAGGAUAACACUCGCAGCCCACCACGUCUUUAGUUGUAGACCCCAGACUUUUGGGUGCGUUUCAUAUUUUUUGUCUUGUCUGUGUGAGUGAAACCACACCUGUAUCUUGACUGACAUUGUUUUCUUUAAAUGGCAAAACUUUUUCAGCUUUCCCUGAACUAAAGGAGAUUGGAAACAAGCUUCUGACAAAUUGGGGAGAGCAGAAAAGAUCACCACUGGUGGAUGUAGUCUUCCGUUUUUAAGUGUAGGAUUAGAAUACUGUGUAUUUAGCAGUAUGGGUACUUUCAGUUGAAUAAAACAUUUCAACCUGGACCACAUUA